AAAAUAAAAACUAAAAACAAUAAAAUGUAUAAAGGAUCUCAUAUUUCUGAUAAAGAUGACGGUAUUUCAAAGAAAAGGCAUCUUACACGACAAACCAUUAUUAACAAGAGAGCGCAGAGUGCCAGCCCCGUGCCAUGUACACCAAAGAGUGCACCUGCCGUCAAUGGUGGAAAAGACGUCCGCGGUCGACGGUGUCAGAGUUUAUCUCCUUCAUUUGCAAAAAAGUCUGUCGAUUGGUUCACUCCAAUUGAAGCUGGCGCAGCUGCUGUUACCGCUGAAAACCAUAAUUGUAAGAUUGUGCAGGAACAAGAGAAAGAUUUAAUUUUACCACAAUGCUUGGUAUUAAAAAUGACCCGAACAUUGUCGACGAAAAAGAGAGAGUUUAUCAAAAUGAGAAAGACCAUAAUUACACAACAAAAUAACCUGUUGGAGUUAUAUGCAUCUGUGAGGGACUUAGAAGCACGCUCGGGGGCUCCGGUAGACGAGAGUCUAGGUGAAGUACGGAUAUUGUCUAUCACUGGCUGGCCAGCCCACGAUUUGCUACUGCUAGUUCGAGAUGACCUUGAAGUGCUGCGCAAUCCCGAGAUAUCGGGAGUUUUCGGGCCGCAAGUGGUACAGCAGUUGCAUGCGCAGCUGAACCCUAUCCCGGAGGAAGUGUUAUCGUUGGGUGCAGAACUGAUGGCUCGCUACAUCGACCUGCUCAACUUUUUGCGUGGAAAGCUCCGCACCGACCGCAAUUCCUAUUCUACAAAUUUGGAAUGGAAAACAAAGAACAAUGAGCUGGAUCAAGAAACAGAAAAACUACAUCGAAAAAUUACUGCAAUAGCUCAGAACUUAAAAGCAAAAAUUUGUUACUCUUUAGAACUUUCAAAAAUACCCUGGCUAGAUCGGGAAUCGCUCGCGAAGAAGAUGGAGCGGUUACAAAAAGAGAAUAUGAUGUUGCAACAUAAGAUAGACGAGUACAACAAGAACGAAUAUCCUGAUUGCAAAGACAAUAAUCCAAGCCAAGAUGUCAGCCUGGCUAAUUAUCAGGCGCUAAGCGAUGAAUUAGCGAAAGAACGUGCGGCUCGCGAAGCUUUAAAAGACGUUGUCUCGGCAGCGGAGAGCAUGCUUCGUGUAGCCCGCGCCCGUAUCAGCAUCCUAGAGAGACACCUUAAGGAAAACAAGUCUGAACUUGAGGCUGCGCGUCGCAAGCACAAAGAUCUAGAACAACUUCAGUAUCGACACCGUGAAACAAGUUACGAUGCCCGGUCGAAGAAACUGUUAGAAGUUUCCAAAACGGGGGAAAUGACAAUCGAACAACUAUCACGCCAGCGUGACGCACUCGAACUCAGGGUGAAGGAACUUCAUGAAAUUGCAAUGAAAGCAGAAAGGGCUGCAGAAGUUCGGGAAAUGGAGCAAAAAGCUCGUGCUGAGAACUUCCAGGCGAAGGUAGCCGAACAGGAACGGAAAAGAGAUGCGGCUGAACUAAAAGUUGCUGAAAUGGAGAACAAAGUUAAGGAGUUAGAAGACACAUUACACAGUCUACGAGAGCGUUCUGGCAGACUUGUGGACAUGGAACGGAGACGGUGCUUAGAAUACGUACCAUCCAAAGAAAACGAGCCUUCAGAUCGUGAAACUGAAAUAUGGAAGGAGCUUCAAGCGACCCGCCUUAUACUGUCCCGUGCGGAAGAAGAACUCAAGCAGAGUCGUGCUGACAAAGACAGCUUCUUGAAUACGCUUUCGAGAAUAGCGCAAGAGGGGCAAGAAAACGUACAAGACAAAAUGGCAACAGAACUGUUGGAUAAAGAACAAAAGAUUGCUAAACUGCAGCGUAUUAUCGACGAAUUACGAGAAAACGAGAAAUUAAUGGAAAACAGUAUGACACAAUAUGAAAAUCAAUUAGCUUCAUUACGACUGGAGGUAAAAAGGUUACGAAAUUAUGACUGUUAUGCCAAAGAAGUUCCAUAUCUAGAAAUUGAAACAGAGUUGCUCGAAAUGCAUAUGCAAGUGGAAUCGUUAACGCGCGAGCGUUCGGCGUUGGUGACAGCGGCGGCGUCACGUGCGCUGAUGCUCGAGAGGCACGAGCGCGCCGCCGACCUCUUUGCACGAGUCACUCGAGCACGAAGAGAUCUAGCUGCCCUGCUCGAAAGUCGCUCUGACCCACAACACAUUGCUGACGUCCAUCAAGCUGAGAUGUCUCGGUCACUAUCGUCGGUAUGUGCGACGGCCGCGGAGACAUGGACUGCACUGCGAGCAGAGCGCGCCCGCGUGCUACGGCUAGAAAGCGCCGUGCUUGCACAGAGCCUGCAGCUCGAGCGUGAAGGGCGCGUACGCACGCAGCUCGAGCGCCGCCGCGCAUUGCUCGAAAGAGAAGUUCUCCGCACACAUCAUUCUUGUACUUCGUCCCAGCAGCACAGUCCUAUGAUGAGGAACGCUUUGAUCCAAGACAUUUUUUGCUAUAGGUAAUCUAAGCGGGUGCUUUUCGUCUGUCACGUGCCCAGUGUCACAAAAUCACAAAUAUAAUUAUUAUUUACACUACCGUAAACACUGUUUUAUUGAUUUAUAUUAUUGUAUUUAUUGUAUUUAUGAAUGAUGAAACUAAAAUACAU